CGCCUGCGCAGGCAGGGGGCGGGCCGGGAUGGAGGCAGGGGUGCCGCCUCCUCUGCAACGCCGGGGCUGGAGUCUUAGAACCCAGGGCCCGUAGGGGUCCCCGCGGCUGCCGCGAUGCAGAAAUACGAGAAACUGGAGAAGAUUGGAGAAGGCACCUACGGAACCGUGUUCAAGGCCAAAAACCGGGAGACUCAUGAGAUCGUGGCUCUGAAACGGGUGAGGCUGGAUGACGAUGAUGAGGGAGUGCCAAGUUCCGCCCUCCGGGAGAUCUGCCUGCUCAAGGAGCUGAAGCACAAGAACAUCGUCAGGCUUCAUGACGUCCUGCAUAGUGACAAGAAGCUGACUUUGGUUUUUGAAUUCUGUGACCAGGACCUGAAGAAGUACUUUGACAGUUGCAAUGGUGAUCUCGAUCCUGAGAUAGUGAAGUCAUUCCUCUUCCAGCUGCUAAAAGGCCUGGGAUUCUGUCACAGCCGCAACGUGCUGCACAGGGACCUGAAGCCCCAGAACCUACUAAUAAACAGGAACGGGGAGCUGAAGUUGGCUGACUUCGGCCUUGCUCGAGCCUUCGGGAUCCCCGUUCGCUGUUACUCAGCCGAGGUGGUCACGCUGUGGUACCGCCCCCCGGAUGUCCUCUUUGGGGCCAAGCUGUACUCCACGUCCAUCGACAUGUGGUCAGCCGGCUGCAUCUUCGCAGAGCUGGCCAACGCUGGGCGGCCUCUUUUCCCUGGCAACGAUGUUGAUGACCAGUUGAAGAGGAUCUUCCGGCUGCUGGGGACGCCGACUGAGGAGCAGUGGCCCUCCAUGACCAAGCUGCCUGACUAUAAGCCCUACCCAAUGUACCCAGCCACGACAUCCCUGGUGAAUGUGGUGCCCAAGCUCAAUGCCACAGGGAGGGACCUGCUGCAGAACCUUCUGAAGUGUAACCCUGUGCAGCGCAUCUCAGCAGAAGAGGCCCUGCAGCACCCAUACUUCUCUGACUUCUGUCCCCCCUAGGCACCAGGACUGCUGGCCGCCAGGCUGGGGCCUGGCCUAUUUAAGCCCCCUCCCGGGAGGGGCGGGGCCCGUGGGUUCGCGGCUCACAUGCUGAGCUCCAGCUGUGCUGGGCCUGGCCACAGUGGAGGUGCCCAAGCCCGUGUUCGUCACUCCCUCCGUGGACUUUAUUUAAUUUCAUAAAUUGGCUCCUUUCCCACA